CCGAGGAGCGUGAAGAUGCCGCCGGUUAGUGAAGCCGCCCCAAGGUCCAAGUUGGCGAUAAACAACCUCACAUCUUGCCGACAUUACAGGCUUUCGAUGGGGCAUAGCGCCAUACUCAACUGAUCCACGAACAAAACGCCGACCCCCUCGACCGCUAAACAAAAACAGGGAAUAACGGACAACCAGGGGGGCACAGAAGCACGCUCACCAUGGACGAGGCCGUGCACCGGCGCAUCGAGCUGCAAUCGCCCGAGGAUCUGGCCUACCUCAUCGACAACGUCCGCCGCGCCGCGGCAGACAGCAUCAACGCCGCCUUCCCGCCCGUGGACCACCCGCUUGCGGGGCAGGAAGACGAGCUGCGCAACCGCAUCGAGCAGCUAGUCAACGACUACAUCCGCACCACCUUCACCCUCGCCGCGCCGAACCUGACCAUCAACGGCCUGCCCGUCGACCCGGCCCAAUUCCUCUCCCCGACCACGACCUCCUCCUCCUCCACCCAGCAGCCGCAGCCGCAGUACGAGUACGAGCCGUUCGACCCGCGCAAGCGCGACCGCAUCGAGCAGCUGAUCGCGGAGGAGGAGGACCUGCUGCGGAGCAUCGCGCAGCUGAAGCGGCGGGCGCCGCGGGCGACGGCGGCGCGGUGGGGGGAGGCGAGCGCGGCGGGGCUGGCGGCGGACGAGGCGGCGCUGUCCGCGGCGUGCGCGCGCGCGGCGGAGGACGGGGCCGCGGCCGGGCGCGCCGCGCUCGAGGGCAUGGGCGCGCUCGAGCGGCAGGCCGGCGUGGAGGCGCGGUGGCGGGCCGCGGUCGAGGGGCUCGGCCGGCUGAAGAGGGAGAUGCCGGCUGCCGUGGCCAAGAUGGAGCGCGCGAGGGUCGCGGCGGGCUAUGUGAGUGGUGCUGGGAGGUGAAGGACUGAUUGGGCGUUACGCGUGGAUUUGCGAAUGGUUAAGGAGAAUGGGAAUGGCGUUUGGCGUAAUGCUGGGGUCAAGAACUAGAGGAAAGGUUGGGAUUCGCGCCGUCGCAACAAAGGAGGCGCUUGGAGAAAGGCGCCGGUCCGGGCCCAAGAACCAUGCAACGAGUCUAUUGUGUAUCCAUGCGAAUGAUUGAGAUAUUACCAUGAGGACACAGACGAGUCUAUGAGUACCCGGGUCCACAGA